CCGGAUGGAGGUGACCACGUCGGAGCAGGACACGGCGUCCAGUGCUUUCGUCAGGUUCUAUUCCGCCAAGGAACCGAAGAUGGUGAAGCCGCCGGAGGAGGAGCCGCCAAGCGAGGCGCCGUCGUGCGCGCCGGUGCCGCGCACGGUCUUCUACAACACGGCGCGGGACGACGGCGGCGUGGACGACUUCGACGAGGGGACGUGGAAGUACUUCACCUUCAACGAGCAGAGCCUCGCCGCGCUGCGCCGCCGGCUGGAGGAGGAGACGCGGCGGGGGGACUUCGUCGUCUGCCGCCGGAGAUGCGCCGCGCCGCCGCCGGGGCUGUUCCCUGUAGUCCUUGACCUGCCCCCCGGCAACAGAGACAUGGAGUUCGUCCUAGUCUUGGAGUCCUCCAGAGUGGCGAAUGGCCUUCAGCUACCACCAGGACAUGGCAGUAUGGCACAUUAGCACGCAUCAAUGUAUGAAGAAUGAAGAGUAGUUGAGUGCUCUGAUAUGUUUUUUUGUGGCAUCUGUUCUUCAGAGAUGUUCAUAGGCACGUAUUAAUGUAUGAAGAGUGAGGAGUAGUUUAGUGCUCUGAUAUGUAUGGUGAAUCUUACUUUUGUUUUGCUCUCUGACAUCGAGAUGUAAAGAGAUAGAAGAGUGACAGAAACAUCAGCAAGAAAGCAACACUCAAUUCUCUUGGGAUAUCAGUAUUGGAUUUUGUUCAUCAAUAGCGCUGCAAUUCUUUUAGU